CACGUAAUCCCAGUGAAAAAUCAAGAGGGAGUAGCGAUGAUGUUUAUUAUUAACUUUGAGUAUGUAACAGAUGAAGAGAACGCUGCCUCUCCUGAGAAGUGCAACCCAAUGCUGCCGUCCAAACUUGUAAAUCAUGGUAACAACCUUUCAAGUGGCUCUUCUUCAGGCAGACUUUUUGGGUUUAGGUUGCCUGGGUUGAGGCUCUUAACAUACAGAAAGCAGUCCUUACCGCAGGAAGAUCCUGACGCAGUGAUAGUAGAUUCAUCUAAGCACAGCGAUGACUCAGUGGCUAUGAAGCACUUUAAAUCACCUACAAAAGAGAGUCAAAUGUUCUCCUUUGGUUAA